CGCGGUUAACGUCGUAACAUGCGUUCGCCGCAUUAUUUAUAUUCUUGCAGUUGAGGUUUCGUGAUAUAUUUCAUUGUCAUGUGAAUCGGUCGAAAUAAUUGUAAAUUAACGAACAAUUUAUAUUUUUCUAAUGGAAGAAAUGAAAUUGACAUGGCUCAAGUUGGGCAGACAUAGUUACAGUGUUAUGUGGCCUGUGUUUGUGUUUUUGGUAUUCGUGUUAUCAUAUAGUUCCGCUCAGAGUGUCUGUCCCAAUGGUUUCGUUAAAUUAGGACGCAAAUGCUAUCAUUUCGGAAAUGGACCCGAAACGUGGCUCGACGCCCAUCACGAAUGUGUCAAACGAGGCAGUACCUUAGCAAGCAUCAAGAAUGCACGUCAAAAUAAUUAUAUAUCGAAUUUUUUGAUAAAAAAUUUCGGAGUAGAAAAACGAAAUUUUUGGAUAGGAGGUCGAUUUAAUUACCAUCAGAAUAUUUGGGUGUGGGGGGACUCCGGUGAGCCCUUGAAAAUUAAGUUGUUCACAAAAACUGAUCAUCAGAAGGAUUUAACUUUUCAAUGUAUUUACCUCACCACAAACCGGAAACACGAGUGGAACACGAAGAACUGCAUGGACAAAAAUUACUACGUAUGUCAAAAGAAUUCAACCAGAUUCAAUUACAAAAAAUGUGCGUACCCCUAUGACCUAACUAAAUAUGAGAGCAGACUGUGUUCAAAGAAAGGUUACCACGUGAACGAAACAUCUUUCCCCGGUGAGUUGAAAUUGUACCCAAGAACUCCGGCAACAUCCACCCAACCAACCCCGACAAAAAUCAGUUACGCUUGUAAUCUAAACACGUUCAUGAUCGGAAAAAAAUGCUACUACUUUAGCAAGGAACCUGGUACGUGGCAUGACGCCUUUUUUGCUUGUAAAGAAAACGGAGCCAAGCUUGCUAUAUUACGAAAUAAGAAGCACGAAUUUAAGAUUAGGGAGUUCCUUACUGACCAAUUUGUAGAAACAACAGAAAGGUGGAUUGGAGCAUUAUAUGAUAACCAGAGUAAAAAGUGGAAUUGGUUUAAUGGACAACACCUCACGUUUAGAGGAUUUGCUCCAGGAGCUCUGCGGAACAAAGAUUUGGAGUUCACUGCGGCUUUUAUGGAUCCGAAACUUCAAUACAGGUGGAAUGUUGAUAAAAUAACAAGCAAAAGAAAAUACAUAUGUCAAAGCAACGCAAAAACUGUACUGUCAGUGGGAAAUUAUAAGAAAAAAAAGAAACUCAGGAAACCAGACGCCACAAUAACUAUUUCAACACAUGGAUCAGACUAUAACAAUACAGUAUGAAUUGUAGUUAUCUUAUUUUAUUAAUAGUCAUAACUAAAUGUAUUACAUCUAAUUCAAAUCAAUAAGAUGAGAAGAAGUUAACAGAUAACUGUCCUUCUCGUUUUAAAAUCCAUUAUCAAAUUUAUAGUAUUUUCUAUUAUUAUUUAUCUUAUACAUCUUAGACAAGAUUGUAUCUUUAAUUAUUAUAUUAUAGAAGCCUAUAUUCCUAACCGUUAAGUGUUCGUUUGUUGUUAAAAUAAUUUAUAUCAUAUUUAUUAAUAAUACGUGCUGUAUAAAUAUAUAAUAUUUUGUAUAUAGUUCAAAUAUUUUGUUGUCAACGUUAUCUACAUUUAAUAAAAUAUGCCUAAUUGA